CGAGGGUUGAAUGGUGCGUGCGUGCUUCCUCUAUAUAAAACGAAUGCGCGGCGACGGCGCAUCAGUUUGUGACCGAUUCGGAAGACAGACGCAUAUACGAUGACGGCAAGAUGGAUCUUAUUGCUGGCGGUGUUGGCGGCAGCGCACGCACAAUUCCCCAACGGCCGCAUCCUCGAGCCGCCCAUACCCUCACAUUGCGUCAACAGAGUCAUACACGAGAGAUAUGCCGACAAUAAGGGAUAUUUCUUCUCGUGGCGCGACCCCGCGCUGCGUGGUGUAGAAGAGGACUGGCUGAGCGCAAGGAACUACUGCCGGCAACGUUGCAUGGACCUCGUCUCCUUGGAGACCAGCGAUGAAAAUGAGUGGGUGAAAGCGCGCAUCAUUCAAGAUAAGGUGAAAUACAUCUGGACUUCGGGCCGCCUGUGCGACUUUAAGGGCUGCAACCGGCCCGACUUGCUGCCCAAUGAGAUCAACGGCUGGUUCUGGACCGCAGAGCUACAGAAGUUGCCGCCCACUACCAACAGACAACAGAACGACUGGUCCGAAGGCGGCGGUAUCGGCAAACCGCAACCUGACAAUCGGGAACUUCACCAAGGCGGCGCUGCGGAGCACUGUGUGGCUAUCCUGAACAACUUCUACAACGACGGAGUGCAUUGGCACGACGUAGCUUGCCAUCAUCGCAAACCUUUCGUCUGCGAGGAAAACGACGCUCUCCUCAAAUACGUCAGAUACACGAACCCCAAUUUACGAGUUUAAU